UGGCCUUGCAUGGUGUGAUUGGCUGCGGUUACCUCGUGCUUGGGGCCUGUCAGGCACGAGGCGCCAAGACCAGCACGGUUUUUAUCAUCACGAUCCUCAACCAUCUCUCCUCCGUUGUAGCGUACGAUGUACAUAUUCCUGCUUCCCAGUCUGUGAGCUUGCAGUCACUCUUGUAAAUAUUCUGUUACGAAGGCGUAGUAUGGAAUCAACUUUUGAAGUAUAGGCCAAUGCUGAGCGUAGUAGACCGCGUCAUAUCCUUCAGGAAUAUAUUUUCGGCGCUGCCUGCUCCAUUGUGGUGCGUCACUACAGUAUUGCCAUGCGCCUGCAGAAUCAUCAAUGUUCCGUGUACCUGAAUCGGCUCCAGAUAUGACACCUAUCGUAUGAUGCUAUCUACUUGCCUCCAGAGAGUUCCGAAGCGAAAUAACACUUCCCACUGUUCCACUCACAAGUGUCAGACUUUUCGCGAUCGGCCCCAGGGACUGCUGCAAGCGCAGAGCUGGACCUUGGAAUGGCCCGGAAAAGGUACCCGGUGAUUGGUGGCAAUUCCAGCCGAGAAGCACGUGACCUUUAAUGACGAAGCCCCAAGGUGAUUUGCCCCGCGACUUUGCGAUCAUCGACGUCUCUUGUCGCCUCCAGGUUGUUCCUUGGAAUGCUUCGGGUUUUUCAUCCUCCGCUUCGCCUACAAUAACAGUCAGCUCUGUGGCUUGUUCGACUCUGGGUCAGCCACGUGCCCCGCAUGGCUUGAGACCGCCUGGUGAAGUCGCCCGCACUUCGCCUUGGUUUUGACCCUUUUCGUUCGCUUCACUCCUCCAGAUUCGCUAGCCCUCAAGUGCAUUCCAGAUCGAAUCUAAGACGCCCUGAGCUCAAGCCAAUGCACUCGAUAAUCUGACCUUGUUUACUCCCCGACAUCCCGCUCCAUUUCUCCGAGCAUGUCGUCCAAUCACCCCCCUUCCUUCCCACCAGCCGAUCGUCCCUCCGAUCCGCGAACCUCGGCGUCCGAUCAAGAGAAUGCCUCCUUCCCCGCGCAGCAGUCAACAGCGUCCGAUCGAGUCUACCCCGUGCGAUCCCUAGUAUCCCUCGAUCCCUCUCCUGCGACAGAUACUCCUUCACAAAUUCUUCGGAGUCCCCUUUCUCCGACCGGAGGGGCUCGUCUCUAUUCGAUUGUCGAUGGCGAUCCUUGGGGGCGUUUGCGGUCGUCGUCGGACGCCAGGACACACUCCGUCGACUCGAGCGGCGAAACGAGAUACACACCAGAAAGCUCUGAGCGAUCCUCUCAGCGACCAUCGGAAACAUCAACUAGACCGCGGUCAAAUACAUUGGGAUUGACAAGGGGCGAUGAGAAGCCGGUUUUUACCCCCAGCUCUCAGGGAGAUACCGAUGCCGACAGCGAAGGGCUCGUGACGUCCCGUUUUCGACAUGUCGUUACCGACGAUGGCCACGCCGUGAUUACCGGGAGAACGGUCGAUUCCUUCAAGGCAUGCGAAGACGAGCCGAUCCACAUUCCCGGUGCCGUUCAGAGCUUCGGAGCUCUGAUAGCUCUACGCGAAGAAGAGGAUGAAAAGAUGAUUGUCCGCAUCGCUAGCGAAAACUCGGAAUCCAUACUGGGCUACUCGCCGAACGCCCUGUUCUCUCUCUCUUCAUUUUGUGAGAUCAUGUCAGAUGAUCAGGCGGACAAUUUUCUGGAUCACGUCGACUUUGUGCGGGACGACGCAUACGACCCCAUCGUGGAUGGCCCCGAGGUUUUCAUGGUGACUGUGAAUAAACCAGAUGGCGGUACCGUGCGGGUGUGGUGCGCGAUGCACAUUGGGCCUGCCACUAACGGUUUGGUUAUUGCCGAGUUUGAGCUGGAAGAUGACCUGACCAACCCGCUCGCUGCAUCCGGACUUGUCACCCCCGAUGUUCCGACCAACACCCUGGAGCAAACCCCGACGCCGGAACAGCUGGCGGCCAGCACAUUGUCCAUCAAUCAGCCGUUGCGUGUACUCCGCCGCGCUCGCCGACGCAAGGGAGAAGCUGCUGCUAUGGAGAUAUUCAGCAUCGUGAGCCAGAUUCAGGAACAAAUGGCUCGUGCGGAUUCGAUGGAGACUUUGCUGAAUGCCACCGCUGGUAUUGUCAAAGAGCUCACAGGUUUCCACCGUAUCCUUGUCUAUCAGUUUGAUUCGGAGUUCAACGGGAAAGUUGUUGCGGAACUGGUUGACCCGCUUAUGAGCAUUGAUUUGUUCAAAGGCUUACACUUUCCGGCCGCGGAUAUCCCCAAGCAAGCCCGGGAUCUGUACCGGAUCAAUAAAGUCCGUCUACUCUACGAUCGAGACCAGGUCACUGCGCGCCUGGUGUGCCGGACGCUGGAGGAUUUGGAGACCCCGCUUGACAUGACGCAUGGUUACCUUCGUGCAAUGUCGCCGAUCCACAUCAAAUAUUUAGCAAACAUGCAGGUUCGCUCGUCCAUGUCUAUCAGCAUCAACACAGCAAAUGAUCUCUGGGGCCUUAUAUCCUGCCACUCGUAUGGGAGUAAAGGGAUGAGGGUCUCGUUCCCCGUUCGAAAAAUGUGUCGAUUGAUCGGAGAUUCCGUGUCACGAAACAUUGAGCGCCUAUCCUACGCCUCACGAUUACACGCUCGCAAACUCAUCAACACGGUCCCGACCGAUGCCAACCCAUCUGGAUACAUUGUUGCCUCUUCCGACGACCUUCUUCGACUCGUUGAUGCCGACUAUGGUGCACUUUGCAUUCGGGGAGAAACCAAGAUCUUGGCCAAGUCUCCGCAAACACAGGAGAUGCUGGCCUUGCUGGAAUAUCUCAAACAACGCAAGUUAAACUCUGUUUUGACUUCCAACCACAUUGUCAAGGAUUUCAGAGAUCUUCAGUAUCCUCCGGGCUUCAAAGAUAUAUCCGGCCUGCUCUAUGUACCUCUGUCGACCGACGGUCAAGACUUUAUCGUUUUCUUCCGCCGUGGGCAGAUGACCGAGGUGAAAUGGGGCGGCAACCCGAACUUGGCAAAGUUCACGGCAGGUCACUUGGAGCCGCGCAAAAGCUUUCAGACUUGGAGUGAGCUAGUAUUGGACCGCUGCCGUGAGUGGACGGAGUCCGAGGUCGAUACUGCUGCUGUGCUGUGUCUGGUAUACGGAAAGUUCAUCAAAGUGUGGCGACAGCAGGAAGCUGCUUUGGAGAGUUCCAGUUUGACCAAGCUACUAUUGGCAAACUCAGCCCACGAAGUGCGCACACCCUUGAAUGCGAUCGUCAACUACCUCGAGAUUGCUCUUGAGGGAGCACUCGAUGGCGAGACGCGAGACCAUUUGAGCAAGUCUUACUCGGCCUCGAAGUCUUUGAUCUACGUCAUCAAUGAUCUUUUAGACUUGACCAAUGUGGAGAAGGGACAGAGCCUCAUCAAGGAUGAACCUUUUGAUUUGCAGACGACAUUUAACGAAGCGACAAGCAUGUUUGAAAGUGAGGCCAAGCGCAAAGGGCUUAAUUUCACAGUGCUAUCCCAUCCAGGAAUCCCCGACACUGUGAUCGGAGACCAGCGGCGAGUGCGGCAGUCGAUCAGUAACCUCAUCUCGAACGCGAUGCAAUAUACGUCCGCCGGCGGAGUCACAAUCGAGAUGUGGCGUGCUCCCGAAGAACGCGAACCGGGCAAGGCAACAGUUAACAUUGCCGUUUUGGACACAGGGCAGGGCAUCUCUCCUGCUACAUUGGACCAGCUCUUUCACGAACUGGAGCAGGUCUCGGGAGAAGAUGAGUCCAAUUACUAUGCUGGAAGUGGAUCAAACUCGCCGCGACGAGGCGCCCCCGCCACUCCCGAGAAGAAUGUUCUUGGACUCGGAUUAGCACUGGUCGCUCGUAUCGUGCGCAACAUGCACGGACAGCUGACUGUGCGGUCGGACGAGGGAAAGGGGAGCCGCUUUCAGAUUUCACUUCAAUUCCCGGUACCAGGGGGGACCGAGACGGAAAAUCGGACCAUGGCACACCUUCCGAUCCGCACAAAAGAGUCGGUGACUGAUUUCCAUUCAAAGGAGGACGUGAUCCUCGUUGACAAUACAUCUACGACGUCAGGCCGGAGCAGUCGGGCGAGUCCUGUUCCCCAACCGGAUGGUGCUGCAGCGACCCAGGAAAUACCUAGAUCAUUCCCGGGUAAUGCGGGAGAGGAUGGCGCAAAUGAUGCUGAGGCCUCGGCCCCACGGGAGCGCGACGAAAUCGAAUCUGCCGAGACCACCCCCACUCAGCAGCCGCUACCGCAACCGGACGCGCAGCUGAGUUCCGAGCCACCAUCCCGGACUGCACCUGCGCCUACAAAUAAGGCGGAAGGGGAGAAGUUGCGCGUUCUCGUGGCAGAAGACGAUCCUAUCAAUGCAAAGAUAAUCCAAAAGCGACUCGGAAAGCUUGGAUACAGUGUCCAUUGGACUGUCAACGGGGAGGAGUGCGCAACUGCGUAUGCUGAGAAUCCGACCGCGUGGGAUGUCGUAUUGAUGGAUAUUCAGAUGCCCAUCCUCGACGGUAUGGAUUCGACCCGACGGAUACGCCAGCAUGAAGAGCAAUCCGAGAGCGGAGGCGGUACGAGCCUGCACGUACCUAUUUUUGCGGUCUCGGCCUCCCUAUUGGAAAAGGACGCCCAGAUGUACAUGGACACGGGCUUCGAUGGGUGGAUUAUGAAGCCUGUCAAUUUCGAUCGAUUAAACACCCUGUUCUCCGGCAUUCGGGAGGAGCCUAUACGCAAUGGCGCUGUCUACGAACCGGGCCAGUGGGAAAAAGGAGGAUGGUUCACGCCGUACACGGAGUCGUGAGCGCCCCUGUCGUUUAGCCUUUGCUUUGUUUUCUUCUCAGCGAUCGCAGUCUUGGCAUGUCUUUUUCGGAAGCAAGCGGGCGAAGACGGUCCUCAGAUUUGGUGCCUGGCGCAUCUUGUUUACAGUUCUGUUUAAUCUUGAUACCACUCUGUACAUACAUUGGGAGAUAUCAUUCACAUGGGGUCAGCGAGCAGCGAGCAGGGGGGCAUCAUCUAUGCAUGAACAUCAUAUGAGCCAUGACUACGAAUAUAAAAUCACAUCACAUCACAUCACAUCAGCGAGCCCACCCAGUUUAGAUCCCAGAUACUCCCUGCAUUGCCUAGGUCAAGUGGGAAUUGGCCCAUGUCGAAAUUGCUCAUAUUCCACGAGUCCAACAGACUCAUAUCUCCCAUCUCCGCUGAAUUCUCCCCGCGCUCUACAUCAGAGGGCUGCCGAGUCCUUCCGCGCAUAGCCGCAUCCGACAACGUCCCCAGAAUCCCUCUAUACCGGCGCGCCUGCGGACUGCUCAGCGCGAAAUGCUCGAGGAUCUCCCGCGCCUGCGCGAUGGCGUGUUCAUUCGAGUCUGACGCGCCGAGCUGCCCAAAGUACGCGGAGCAGAUGGUCAGUGAGGAGACAAAGGUCCAUGCCCUACUUGUGUUAACGAUAUCCAGAUAGAGGGCCUCUUACCAUGGAGAAGGGAGGUACGUACACGGUCAGCGGCAUGUUACUGUAUAAUGCUCCUGCAUUAAGGAGAGCAUGUAAGAUACGGAUCGUUUCGAUUGCAGCGUGUAUACACGACAGCGCAUUCGUCGCGAGUUCAUCGUAGACUGCGUCGCUCUGAGAAUCGGACGGUACGCCUAUAGCCGUAGAAGGAGCCGACUGCGAGCCAAGCCGCGCACGCAGACUCGCAACGACAAACGGCCGGGUCAGGAGCAUCAUUGCGAAGUGGUAGCUGCAGAGCACAUUUGCGUUCCGUAGCAAGACUGGAUGUUCCUGCGGGGGGACCGUGCCCUGGACGUGUGCCGUGGGGAUAGGGAUAGCGAGGACUUGCGGGAUGCUCUUGAUCGCCUCGCGGAGUUCCUGCGCUAGAUCCUUCAGUAUACCCAUGGAGACGGUGCGCUUGGUGUAGAUUUCGUUGACGGUGCGCUCCAUGAACGAGAAGGCGUGGGCGGAGUACAGCAUGGGUGUUUCCUGCGUGGCCAGCACGCUGGGGUCGGGGGCUGAGGGCGGCUGAGUAGACGACACGGUGCAGUCGGUCGUGAUGGUCGCAGACGUCCGGCCCAUCAUCGCGCAGAAGAAGAGGUCGUGGUAGCGGAGGGUCGCCCAGAUGCGUUCUCUGCCGAUAUCAGCUCUGAGCGAUACAAAUAUAGCGGAGAGAGAGAGACAAACCUCAACCUCGCCUCCCCCACCGGAAAACUCCUAUUCGUCUCAACGCGAUGCAACCCCAACGCCUUUGCCGCGCUAAUCGCAAUCCCCAGAUUCAGAAACGCCCCGUUCCGUCUCGAGCCAGCGAGCAUAUACAGACUGAUCAGGAUAAACGCCUGCACCGUCUCGAGACUGGGGUCAUCGGUGAGAUGGAGGAGGGCGAUGUGGCGUCCGUGAUGGUAGAAGGAGUGUGCGCGGCGCUUCUCCAUGCUAUUUGUAUUCGAGGCGCGUGCUUGGGAUGCGUAGGCGAGGAUUAGGUAGAGGACUGCUUCGCUGCCGCGGUGGGUGGAGAGCGUGCCGUGGAUCCAGUGAUACAGGAGGAUUUCGGUGGCUGCGGGGUCGAUUAUGUCGAGGAGGCCGGAUGUCUAGGAUUAAUUAGUGGGAUGCGCGUGGCCAGAGUCGGAA